GGACCAUCGCCAGAUGGCGGAAUCUGGCCAACAUGUGUGUCGAAUAGUUUCUCUAGCUGACUUCACCAGUUGGCGAUUGAAUUUGGAAUCGAAAUGAUGAAGUUUUCCUUGCUUUUUCUACUAGCCUGGAGCUCUGUGUUUCUGGGAAGCACAGGCUCUCUGCAUCGGAUUGGGAAGUCUGAUGUAGGCUUAAAAUCCUUGGAGGAGCUAGUCUUGAUUAGGAAGUCGUUGGCUGCACAGGCACUCAAGCUAAGGGGACUGGAGAUCAAUCUGCAUCGCGUGCUCAGCAAGGUGGUGUUUCUCUCCGAUGCAGAUGUGCAUGCACCUGGAAGAUACUCCUCCAAAGAAGUUCCCCUAGCAGAGCUAUCUGAUCGUCUAAAUUUGUUGCUAGAGCGACUGAACCAGGAAGAAAGAAUAUCUACGAAAUUGCUGGAACUCAAAGAAUGGUCAAUUAAAGUGUGCCAAGAACCUUCCCUGAACCAGACCUCACUAAAGGAGCUUACUGAUGAUAAGGACGAGCCGAAAGUGGACUUUUACCAGCCCGCCAAAUCGGAUUGCCAUGAACUUGACGAAGGUGUCCGGGUGGAUGGCGUCUACAGGUUUCUGGUUCCGGAGCGCAACGAGGUCCAGCGUGAUUUGCACGAGCGCUAUUGUGCCUUUGCCACCGACGGCCCCGCCUGGACAGUGAUCCAGAGUAGAGGCGGCUCCUUCGAUCCGCCCGAAAACUUCAAUCGCAGCUGGGACGAGUAUCGCGCGGGUUUUGGUAACUUAUCCCGAGAUUUCUGGUUUGGCAACGAGUUCGCGCACAAGAUUCUCUACCGCGACGAUCAUGAGCUGAGAGUGGAGCUGCAGGAGGCAGGAGAGCCUCUGGAUUGGGCGGAGUAUCCACUCUUCUGGCUGGACAGCGAGAGUUAUAACUAUCAGCUUUCGGUGGCUGGUGAAUUCCGUGGUUCACUACCGGAUGCUCUGGAACAGCACAAUCGGAUGGAUUUCAGCACUUACGAUCGGCGGAGGAGCCACGCGAAAUCGGCGGAUUCCUGUGCCGAGGAUUACGGCGGUGGCUGGUGGUUCGAUCGCUGCACACAGUGUAAUCUGAACGGAGAACAUGGUGUCCACCAGAGAGCAAGUCCAGCCAUUAUCUGGAUGAACUGGCGGAGCGGGACCGACAAACCGAAGAGCUCGCGGAUGAUGAUUCGACCCGUAAAUCCCACUCCGGGCGAUAACUCCGAUGGGGAUUAGGCGGCGGAGAA